UGUCACCCAAACUGUGCAUGUCGUUUGCCCAAGCACACAGUCAGUUGCGAAAAUGAGCACGCCUUCCCCUGCCUCUGUCCAAGUGCCUGCGCGCACGGAAGCCGCGUCGUUGUUGGGUGGUGGCGGUGCCCGGGCCAGUAGUGCCAAGAACACCAAGUUCAUCGUUCUCGGAGUGGCCGCUGUGGCAGCCGUCAGCACGGGCAUCUACUUUCUCGUGAGCCCAUCCAACAACGUGAAUGUUGUGCCUGCCAACGUUGAAAACGGCAACAACGCGACGAGUCUGACCACGGCCGUCCCUGCCACGACCGCGUCGUCGACGCCGACCGCUGUCACGGCCACCACGACAACCGCUCCCGCGUCUGACCCGGAAGACAUGGUCCCGGCCUUGACCUUCCUGGCCAUUGGCGAUUGGGGCAGCACUGUCGGCAAGGAAUGGGGCGAGGCUGGUUCAUGCUGCCGCAUGUACAAGAACGGCCAAGUCGACACGUCCACGCCUCGGUACGAAGUCGACUACUACGCUCAAAAGUACGUCGCGACGUUGCUGGCGCAAUCGGCCAAGGAGCUCAAGCCCGUUCGCAUUCUCGGCCACGGCGAUAACUUUUACUGGAACGGCGUCGGCCCGUGGGAUGUCAACUACCGGUUUGCCGAAACGUUUGAGAAGAUGUAUGCCGACCCUGCUUUGCAAGGCAUCAAGUGGCUGAACGUUGCUGGGAAUCACGACAUUGGUGGGUCGGCCUUCAUUUGCGGCCCCCAGGACAAGCAAUUCCGUGAAUGCACGUCGGUCGAAGAGAUGCUCAAGGAUUUGCGCGGGCAUUUUGACUUGCAAGCCAACUACAAGAGCCCCAACCAAGACCGAUGGCUCAUGAAGCACUACUUUGUCGAGCGCGUGACCAAGAACGGCGUGACCGUUGACGUGUUCAACUUGGACACGAACCAUGCCGACGCGCACGGGGCGAUGCAAGUGUGCUGCCAGUGCUACGGGUACGCCGCCAAGCUCGGGGUCGACAACAUCCAGUGCCGCAACACGAACGUCGGCGAUAACAUUUGCGCUGGCGGAAACGUCGAGAUGUUCAACACGUGCAUGGCCGAGAUCGAGUCGUGGGCAGCCGACUCGUACACGCAGGCGGCCCGGGACAUCAAGGCGUCCAACGCCGACUUCAAGAUCAUCAACACACACUACUCGCCGCACCACCACAUGAACCCGGUCCGCAUGAAGAUGUGGUAUGACCUGACCAAGGAUACCGGCGUCCAUGUUUGGUUUAACGGCCACACACACGGAUUUGGCCACGACAUCUCGACGUGGGGCACUCAUUUCAUUGAGAACGGCGGCGGCGGCGGGAUUCGCACCGAUUCGGACUCGGCCACCGACAACGGCUUUGUCAAAACGCAAUGGGUGGCUGGGGGCACCCCGUACGGGUUCAUGGAGCUCUCGUUCUCCAAGGACUGGCUCAAGGUGCAGUUUGCCACGUUCGACAAGAACUGGAAGUUUGGCGGAUUCAAGUACGCGGACGCAGUCUCGGGCGGCAUCCAGCGCGGCCACUGCUGGUACGUCCCUGCCGGCAACCAGACUGGUUUUCCCGGCAAGGAGUGCAAAUCGUCCGUCAACUAUGCGAUCGGCGCGCCUCUUCGUUAAGCGACGAGACUUUAAACAUUGCCGUGGUUGCACACUCAUGUUCUACUACUCGUCCUGUUUCGACGCUGUGUCUGCGGCAUCGACG